CCAACCCCUCUUUGCUAUCGAACAGCAGAGCCGCAAAGUAAAAGGACACCACCGCCCCCUAUUACGUCAGCUUUUCACGUUAGACGGCGCUGCUAGGUAGGAGUGGAUGUUGGACUACUGUUUCUGCUGUCGCCGUGGGAGCCCAAUCUGCUGGAUGAAUGUAGCCAGUUGGAAGAGCAGUGUAAAUGUGUUGGAUGCUGCAGAAACGGGGGGCAGCAUAGCCGGAGCGUGGAGAAGGCGGUGGUGGCAGGAAGGGAGGUGACACACUGGAAAUGGAGGUGGAUGUAAAUGGGGAUUGCAGGACCAGUACUUCAACCUUUCCUUUGCUUGUAAAGGAAGGAAACUCUCCAGUUAAAACAGACAUUGAGAAACCUCGUUGCUCUAGCACUCCAUGUUCUCCCAUCAGGCGGACUGUAUCGGGUUACCAGAUUCUUCACAUGGAUUCUAACUAUUUGGUUGGGUUUACCACAGGUGAAGAGCUUUUAAAGUUAGCCCAGAAGUGUUCCAGUGGUGAAGAAAGUACAAUGGAAACUUUGCCAAGCAUGCGAUCCAAGCAGCUGGACUCCGGGUUUGGCCGUGCCUCACGGCUGUACAGAACAAAAGGAAGAUAUUAUCAGCCUUAUGAAAUACCAACUGUUAAUGGAAGGAGACGAAGGAGGAUGCCAAGUUCAGGGGAAAAGUGCAGUAGACCAUUGUCCUUUGAACCGUGCAAAGCCCUUCAUGGGCCCCUUCCUCUUUGUCUCUUGAAAGGUAAGAGGGCUCAUUCUAAAUCAUUGGACUACCUCAACUUAGAUAAAAUGAACAUCAAAGAGCCAGCUGACACUGAAGUUCUACAGUAUCAGUUGCAACACCUCACACUAAGAGGGGAGCGCAUGUUUGCCAGGAAUAAGACCUGAGAAGAACGUGCUAGAAUGUUCUGGAUAUGUCAAGAAUACUGCAUCCUGGUUGCACACUUCACAGAAUAACCUGACUGUUCAUGGAGUUAGUGAUUGAAUUGGCUUUGUGACAGUAAUGAACAUUUAAGAAAAACAAUUUUUUUCUUGAGCAUUAGAAAGAACAAGCAUAGUUUAGUCAGGAAUAGGCCCUUGGAUUUUUUUUCCUAAAAGCUAGACUCUAAAUUACAUAGGCUUUACGCGAAACUGAAAACUGUUCAUGUUUCAAAUGUUUAGAGGAAGAGUGAACAUGGAAGUUUUGUGUAGUUAGCCGUAGAAACUGUACAUUUAUUAAUAAGGUCUUAGGUGGGAAAAUGCAGAUAAGGUAUUUCAUUGUACAUGCCGGAGGUUCGCGUUUCUUCAAUUGUAAGCGUGUCUUAGCAUGUGUGUAGAUGUCCGCACAUACCUUGGGUAUUUUUCUCUUACAGGGAGUAUCUAUGAGCAGAACUAUUUUAAGAUUCUGGUUUAAACAAGUUGCAACUGGUGUAGGCCAGAAAUUAAAUGGCAAACAAGUUUGAAUUCUGAAGACAAUCUUUCUUUCCCGUUGAAUAGCUUCUUUAACUACUUAAGAAAUUGUUUGCAUGACUUCAUGAACUAUUGCAUACCAAUUCAUAUCAAUUAUGGCUGCUUACUGAGCAAAACUCUUUGGAAGAAGAUGUUACAUACAUAUUUUUCUGAGGUCUUGUCCUAUUUGGGAAAUAAAGUACUAAAAUUGCCUGCAAUAACUUAACAAGAAGGUAGUUAUUGUUAAUUUUGAAUCAUUUUCUUGAACUGACACCAAGGAUCGAAAUCCUGUCAGUAAAUAUUACCUGCUUUGUCAUAUUGAGUACAUUUAUGAGUUGAUUGUCUUUUUCUGGAAGGGAAUGUUUUUAUUUAACAGUAAUGGACUUUAUUAUUCUGUGAGAUUACAGGAUUUUUAUUAAAACUGCUUAUCACUGUUCUGUAUUUAAUCAAGAAAUAUAGUAAUUACUAAUAAACGGUCUUGCAUAGAUUACUAAGCUUGUUAACAGCAUUUGGUUUUAUGCAAUUAGGCAUUCUUAAGGUGCCCUGGUCAUUUAUUUCUGUGUUAGCAUUUUGACAUUGUUUUUGCUUAAUAUGCAAGAAUACAUUUCAUGAAACUUU